CAAAACACCGCACCACGUUUUCAAAGCAUCAGAUCCAUUAAUUUUCUGGUCCGGGGUCUUCCUCGUGUAAAUCGUUUCAAGUGCGAAAGUGACCGAUCACCGCCAGCAGGAUGCCGAAAGUGAGCUCCCGCUCGGGGCCACCCCGAAAGUUGUCGACCAACAAGUCGACGCACUCGAUGAACCCGGAACGCUCGACCGAGGGCUUGAAGGGGGUGGCUAAGCCCCGAAGCAAAGCGACGAUCAAGCGGCUGCAGAUGUACCGAAACUUCAAGGCCAAGCGCGACAGAAGGGGAAAGAUUUUGACACCGGCACCGUUCCAGGGGUGGGUUUCUAGCGGAACUAUGGCCCGGGUGGAACCUUCUGUGAAGUGGUUCGCCAACUCGAGGGUGAUUUCGCAGAGUUCGUUGCAAAAGUUCCAGGAGGAGAUCGGAAAGGCGGUGAAGGAUCCUUACAAGGUGGUCAUGAAGGCGACCAACUUGCCGAUUACGUUGCUGAAUGAGACGGCUCGAUAUCAGCGGGUGCAUCUGCUGGAUACGGAGAGUUUUGAUUCGACGUUUGGGCCGAAAACGCAGAGGAAGAGACCGUCGUUGAAGGUGAGAGAUUUAGAUGAUUUGUCGAAGAAUGCGGAGGAUUUGGCAGACCGGUACGAUGAGGGUAAGGAUCGAGAUCUGCAACGGGACGAUGGAGGAGUGAGGGACCAGGCCAGGGAGUGGAUUUUCGCUGCGGGGCAGAGUAAGCGAAUCUGGAAUGAGCUGCAUAAGGUUAUCGAUUCGGCGGAUGUGCUGUUGCAGGUGCUAGAUGCGAGAGAUCCGAUGGGAACCAGAUCGAAACAUAUUGAAGGAUUUCUGAAGAAGGAAAAACCCCAUAAGCAUUUGUUUUUCAUUCUGAACAAGGUGGAUUUGGUUCCGAUUUGGGUGACGCAGCGGUGGGUGGCUUUGCUGAGCAAGGAAUAUCCGACGAUUGCGUUCCAUGCUUCAAUGACUCAUCCGUUUGGAAAGGGAGCUUUGAUCAAUUUGCUGCGUCAGAUUGGAAAGUUGCACAUGGACAAGAAGCAGAUCAGCGUUGGGUUCAUUGGAUAUCCAAAUGUGGGAAAGUCUUCGGUUAUUAACGCCCUGAGGAGCAAGAAGGUGUGCAAGGUGGCUCCGAUCGCUGGAGAGACAAAGGUUUGGCAGUACAUUACGCUGAUGAAGAGGAUUUUCCUGAUCGAUAGUCCAGGAGUUGUUUAUCCGACGGCGGAAACCGACACGGAAAAGGUCCUGAAGGGUGUCGUGCGGGUGGAGCUGGUUAAUAAUCCGGAAGAUUACAUCGAGAUAGUGCUGAAAAGGAUCCGGAAGGAGUAUGUUUUGAAGACGUACGGAGUUUCCGAAUGGAGUUCUCAUAUUGAUUUCCUGGAGCAAAUUGCCAAGAAAUCGGGAAAGCUGUUGAAGAAGGGCGAGCCGGAUGUACAGACGAUGGCCAAGAUGGUUCUGAACGAUUGGCAGCGAGGAAAAUUGCCAUUCUACGUUCCUCCGGAAGGAUUCGAGAUUCCCAAGUCGGUGUUGGAUCAGACUGUGGAAGGUGAAGGCGAAAAGGCCACGACUGAAGACGAUCUGAAGAGUACGUUCAGCGGAGUGACGGCCACUCCGACGAUUCCCGAGUCGGUCAGGAAGGGCAAGGAACUGUUCCAAAUUCAAGACUUCCGCAAGAUCAAGGUCAAUCUGGACUUUGAGAGCGAGGACGUACGCGAGAUUGAUAAAAUCGAUUUGGAACUGCUGGAAAAGCUGAAGGAGGAGAAGAAGCAAGAGGUCAAGAAUAAGAGGUUGGCAAAGGGUCAGAAUCCGGAGGAAGACGAUGAGGAUUCGUCUGGAAUUUCUGAUUUCUAUUCGGAGGAUGAGUAUGAUGAGGACAUCGGAAAAGUGGUUCACAAGAGUGCCAAGAAUAAAUCUGCUGCAGCUGCUGCUGAGAAGGGUAAAACCAAUUCCGCCAGUGGAAGCUUUGACGUCGAAGAGGAACGCAAGGAACCUAAGGUACUUCCCAAGAUGACUGCCAAGCAGAGAAGAGCCAUCGAGAGGGCAACGAAGAGGAAGAAGAUUGGAAGCAACUUCUACGAAACGCAUAACGUCAAGAAUAGGAAUCGGAACAAAAAGCCGCAGGCACCUUGAAGAAUGUUUUUCCUAGCGCUACAUUAGUUUAAGAUAUUGUAAAAUAAAAUCCAUUCAAUC